UGCUUCUUCUUUUUUUGUUUUUUUGUUUUGUUUUUGUUUUUGUUUUUGUUUUUGUUCUUGUCUCUCUAUGUUUUACCUCAAAGAAGGAGAAUGGAAAGAAUUAUUCUGCUGUUACGACUGUACAGAGAAUAACGAAGGUCCCGUUUGGUCGGGGGAUUGAGGGAUUCAAAUCCCCUGAUUCAGGUUCAAUCUGUGUUUGGGAAGGCAAAAAUAAACAGUAAAAAUUAGAAUCAGAUGAGUGAUUAGGAUCAUUUUGGGGGCUGAUUUUGAAAUCAGGCCCCCCCUGAUUCAUCCGUUCCAAACCCCAGUGCACAGUAAAAACUACUGUGCACUUAAUGCUCGCACCCAACUUCCAACAACCACUGGCAUGCACUUCCUCUCCCAUGCUUCAGCAGAGAAUCUGCAGUCCUGUUCCUCUCGCGUGGGUGAACAGCCGAGAUUCUUCUCUGGCUUUUUUCCAUCUCUUUCUUCCAAACUCUUGCUUGUUGUUCGCAAGUUCCACAUCCGUCGCCGUUGAUGAGAAGUGGCCGGAGCAAAGGGGGUUUUGUCAACAAUCAAAGAAAACUCCAGAUUCGGUACCACUUUCACCGAUACUACGGAAGCAAGGUCAUUCCUCGCCUUCACCGGAGAGAGGACAGAAGGUCGGUGAGGACUCAGAAGAAACCAUCCUCUGCGUUUGGAGUGUUGCCUCCGUUGUCCUUCAUCUCAUCGUCUGAUUCGAACUCUGGAACGCGCCUUUCGACAUCGGUAUCAAUGGUGAGCAAAGGUGUUCUCAAAGAGAAUCUCGUCCUCUUGGCAAACAGUAUGACAUAUGCUGGAAAUUUGAUUGGCUUCAAUUCUGGUGGUUAUAAGGCGCUAACUCGGUCAUUGAAUGUUCAAGUUCCAUUUAUUGAAGCUACACUAAUUGUUAGAAUCAGAAUCAUGUAUAUACACAUCCAAACGAAGGUUCUAAUCACUUUGAAUCAUAAUUCAAAUAAAAAAGACUCAAAUCACCUUGAUUUCAAUCCUUAUACCAAACGAACCUGA